AUGCCUUCUGCUCCAUAAGGAGAGGCCAGGCAGAUUUCAGCCAUACGCAAGGCAGCUGCCCCACGGUCCUGUGGGCCAAGCUACUGCCGCAGGGACCGGGACGAGGACAGCAGUACCGACGAGGGUGGGGAGGAUGAGGAGAGGCAAGACGGGGACUGGUACAUAGCGAGCCGUGCCGGAUGGACCCACCGUAGUUGUCGCCAUUUCAGGCAUCCAGUCCUGUCAUCGUAGCCGAGUGUGAACCAUAUGGGACUUCAGUGGGCCGUGGCAGGGCGGGGGCAGGAGGCGGCGGGCGCGGAAAGGGCCGUCGGGUCCCGCCGUGGGCUGAGUCGCUUUUGAGGAAAGCAGAAAGGGGUGGCGGAGCCUCGAUGCCGGAAUGGGCUCUUGCUUCUAGGCCCCUGAGAUGGAAGACAACCGCGGGUUGCACUGGAAGAGGGCCAUGGGGGUCGUCUUCUGUUGCACCUGCCUGCGCAAGCGUGGCCCCCCGGGCGAGGCGCACUCCUGUCCGGAGCAGAAGAGAAGCCGCAGCGCUGCUUUCCGCCACAAGGAGAACCUGGGCGCGGCCACAUCGGGACUCCGGAUUCAGGAGUGGAUCUAUGGGGGGUCACAAUGCUUUGGAGCCCAGAAUCCAGGUCAAGAUAAUGACAUGGACCUGGGCACUCUCCAAAACAACGUCAACAACACCCUGGACAACGUUUACGAGGAGGGUCCGGAUUCCGAUCGUCUCAGGGCCCUUCCCAAUGGCAGCCUCGUCUCCAACAGCGAGCAAGCCAGCCUUCUGACAGGGGCCGACACCGUCAAGCGUUCUCAGCCCCUGCUCAUCCAAAGCAAUAGAAAGCCAAAGGAGGAGGAGGAGGAGCCCCGGGCGUUGUCGCUGCCCUCCAUUCCAAACCCCUUCCCAGAACUCUGCAGCCCCUCCAAUUCGCCCAUCCUGAGCAACUCCUCCCUGGGGUCAGGCUCGCAGCGAGAAGGCGGCUCUCACGUGGUCAAGGUGUACAGUGAAGAUGGCACCUGCCGCUCCCUGGAGGUCACAGCAGGUACCACGGCACGCCACGUCUGCGAGAUGCUGGUACAGAAGACCCACGCGUUGCACGAUGACUGUUGGUCUCUAGUAGAGGUCUAUCAGCACUUAGCUCUAGAGCGAUGCCUGGAAGACCACGAGUCUGUGGUGGAAGUCCAGGCCACGUGGCCCGUUGGGGGCGACAGCAGGUUUGUCUUUCGGAAGAACUACGCCAAGUACGAGCUGUUCAAGAGCUCGCCGCAGUCGCUGUUCCCUGAAGUCAUGGUCUCCAGCUGCCUGGACGCAGCCAACAAGGGCAUGUCCCAUUCAGAACUCAUCCAGAACGUACUCAAUUCGGGAAGCUGCCCUGAAAUCCAAGGGUUCCUGAACAUGAAGGAAGUUGGACGCAAAAUGUGGAAAAGAUUUUACUUCUCCCUGCGGCGCUCCGGGCUCUAUUACUCAACAAAAGGGACGUCAAAAGACCCUCGGCAUCUGCAGUACUGCGUUGAUGUGAAUGAAUCCAACAUCUACUACAUCACCCAGGGCAAAAAGCAGUACAGCCCACCCACUGAGUAUGGCUUCUGCAUCAAGCCUUUCAAAGCACGCAGCGGGGUCAAAGGACUCAAGCUCUUCUGCAGUGAAGAUGAGCAAAGCCGCACCUGUUGGAUGGCUGCCUUCCGCCUCUUCAAGUACGGCAUACAGCUCUACCGGAACUACCAGCAGUGUCAAGCACGGCAAAGGGAACCAGCCUGGAUUGGCGGCAUGCCCCUGCGGAGCGUGUCUGAUAACACCCUGGUGGCCAUGGACUUCUCGGGCUGCAUGGGUCGCGUGAUCGAAAACCCCAACGAGGCCUUGACGGUCGCUCUGGAGGAGGCGCAGGCCUGGAGGAAGAAGACAAAUCACCGAUACAGCUUGCCCACUCCGUUCCAGAGCUCCCCACUCAGUGCUGCCAUCCACAGAACUCAGCCGUGGUUCCACGGACACAUUUCUAGAGAAGACACCCAGCGCCUCAUCAUCCAGCAAGGACUGGUGGAUGGGGUGUUCCUGGUGCGGGGGAGCCAGCGGAACCCCAAAGGUUUUGUCUUGUCGCUCUGCCACCUGCAGAAAGUGAAGCACUAUCUUAUCCUUCCGAGCGAGGAAGACGGCCAUCUCUACUACACCAUGGACGACGGGCAGACCCGUUUCGCCGAUCUGAUCCAGCUGGUGGAGUUUCACCAAAUCAACCGGGGCAUCCUGCCUUGCAAGCUGAAGCACUACUGCACCUGCGUUGCCUUGUGAGAGGCCACCGGGCUUCCCCACGGCCUGCCCCACAGCCGGCUGCAGCUCACCACGAGGGGUGGAGAACGGGGGGGAGGGCACCUGUGAACCCCGUAUACCGGGGCUGACUCCGAACUUUCCUCCACUCCUUGACCCCGCUUUGCCUACGCUGAGCGACCGAGGAAGGACCAGAUCUGAGCCCUCUUAUUCCAACACCUUUCGGGGAGAGUUGCAACUCUUAGCAAGCUCAAGAAUGGAUUUUUGGGGGGCGGGGUUUUUUUGAGGGUCACAGUGAUGACAAAUCGGGAAAUGGUCUGUCGGGUGCUCCUUUGGACCCAGCAAGGGGGAGAAUACGCCCCACGGCCCACCCAGCACCCCCUUCCACUCGAAGGCUCUCCGCGUCACCACGUUUGAGAGCUUCUGCCAGUCUUUGCAGCCCUCUGUCUGCUCAGCGCAGGUCACCCCCUUCACGGGGAACCGGCCUUCUUCCCUGGCUCAUGCUUUGCAGUGGUGAGGAUUCGUUCCAAGGAAGGGGAGGUAGGAGAGGGCGGGGUGUGCCGGCGCCUGUCUCAGUGGGGAUCCUUGCGGCAAAUGCUACUCUUUGACCCGUGCUGGUGGUGAAGAAGUAAAUAGAGUGGAAGACACACACCCCUCCCCAUUUAAAGCCCAAAUUAAAACCGCUUCAGCUUCAUAUCGCUCAUGUCUCCCACAGAUAUCUACACUGUGUCCAGUCUAGUGAGUGGAGUACCAAGGCAAGAGAAUAGAUGGUGAGGAGAGAGAGAGAGGGUUAGUUGUGUGUGUGUGU